AAAACAGGAGAAAGAGAAGAAGAAUCCAUGAAUUCUUCACCAGAAUUCAAGAGGUUCAUGAGCCUUGUAGCUGCCCUUGCCCUUUUCACUACCUUUACCGUUCCACUUCUUGCUCAUGCUUCCCCUAUAGAAGCCCAAGCCCUCCUCAAGUGGAAGUCCAAUCUUGGCAACCAUUCAGAUUCUUCUCUCUCCUCGUGGACUCCCUCUCCUCAUAAUGCCACUGGUUCCAACUCAACCAUGAGUCCAUGUGCUUGGUAUGGCAUCUCUUGCAAUCAGGCGGGGAGUGUGAUUAGGUUAAAUCUCACUAGCGCCUAUGUCCAAGGUACGCUCGACGAAUUCCCAUUCUCAUCUUUGUCUCAUCUCAUGUACAUGGACCUGAGUAUAAAUAGUCUCUCUGGCUAUAUUCCGCCUCAAAUCGGUCUAUUGAGCAAUCUCACCUAUCUCGACCUCUCUAUCAAUCGGUUCAUGGGGAAAAUACCGUCGGAGAUCAGCCAUCUAACUAGACUAACAAUCCUACACCUGGUUUCCAAUGAGUUAAAUGGCUCCAUUCCCCAAGAAAUCGGGCAAAUGCAUUUGCUCACCGAGGUCGCGCUGUAUUCAAAUCAGUUGAAUGGACCCAUACCUUCCUCAUUGGGUAAUUUGAGCAAAUUGACUACAUUGUAUGUCUACAACAACUCCCUUUCUAGUUAUAUUCCUCCUGAAAUGGGAAGUAUGACAAAUCUAGAAGUGCUCCACAUGGACACUAACCUCCUAACAGGACCUAUUCCUUCCACUUUGGGGAACUUAACCAAAUUGAUAGAGCUACACCUAUUUGCUAAUGAGCUUACUGGUUCCAUCCCACUGGAGCUAGGAAAAUCGAAUCUUCUUAGCGAGUUGUGCCUUAAUGAUAAUAAUCUUAUCGGUUCAAUCCCACCAACAUUAGGCAAUUUGACAAAACUCGCCCUUCUUUAUCUCUAUGGUAACCAGCUUUCGGGGCACAUUCCUGAUGAGAUAGGAAAUCUCCACACUAUGUUUGACUUAGAGCUAAGUACAAACCAGCUUAUUGGCCCAAUUCCUUCUUGUCUGGGUAACUUGACCAACCUGAGAUCUUUGUUCCUUCGCGAGAAUCACCUUUCUAGUUCAAUUCCUGAAUCCUUAGGUGAUCUAGUGAACUUGGUGGUGCUACAGUUGGAUACCAACCAGUUAAACGGCUCCUUACCAAAAAACUUGUGCCAAGGUGGCUCGCUCCAAAACUUUACACUGAGUCACAAUAACUUAACCGGUUCUAUCCCUAUAAGGCUUGAGAAAUUGCACAAGCCUAGUCGAGUACACCUAGAGGAAAACCAGCUCACUGGAAACAUAUCCAAGAUCUUUGGUGUCUACCCCAAAUUGGACUUUAUUGACAUGAGUUUCAACAAGUUCGUUGGAGAAAUCUCAACAAACUGGGGAAGUUGCAUGUGCUUAACUCAUCUAAGAAUUGCUGGAAAUAACAUCACUGGUAACUUGCCUCCUGAGAUUGGGAACGCGACUCGAUUGGGUGAAAUUGAUCUUUCUUUCAAUGGUUUACUUGGUGAGGUUCCGAAAGAAUUUGGAAAAUUGACUUCUCUGGAGAAAUUGAAUCUAAGCAGGAACCAAUUUUUAGGCCAAAUAAGUCCUGAGAUUGUAUCACUACCUAGUCUUCUAAAAUUGGAUUUGUCCAUGAAUAGAUUAAGCAUGUCUAUCCCGCAGACUAUUGGGAAUUCUUCAAAAUUGACCCACUUGUAUCUGAGCAACAACCAGUUAAGCCAAGAUAUUCCAAGGCAAUUAGGGAUGCUGAUUCACCUAUCCGAGCUAGACUUGAGUCAUAACUUGUUAAGUGGUGGGGUCCCAGCGAGAAUUCAACAUGCUGCAAAGCCUAGAGAAACUUGAACCUUUCACACAAUAAUCUUUCUGGCCUAAUAUACAAGACUUUCAAGGAUAUGCGAGGUUUGGUGGAGGUGGACAUCUCUUACAACAAGUUUGAGGGUCCCAUCCCCAACACCACGGCAUUCCAAAAUGCAACAAAAGAAUCAUUUCAAGGUAACAGUGGAUUGUGUGGAAAUAUUGAAGGACUUGAGCCCUGUGAUCAAGCGGUGGUUGAUAGGGAAAGCUCUCCAACGGGAGGUGGAGUGUUUCUUAUUGUGUUCCCAUUGCUAGGAGUAAUUCUUCUGUUUAUUUUCUUUGGAAUAUUCUUCAUUUUCCAUAGAAAGAAGCUCCAUCCAACGGUGGAACUAGCACCCAAGACAAUUGAAGUCUUUUCUCUAUCAAAGUACGAUGGAAUGAUUUCAUAUGAAGACAUCAUGGAAGCCACUGGGGCUUUUAAUGAGAUUUUUUGUAUUGGAAGGGGAGGCUAUGGAAGUGUCUUCAAGGCCAAAUUAAGAUCUGGUGAUAUAGUAGCCGUAAAGAAGCUCCAUCAAACGGCUAAUAGUGGGCAAACAUAUCAAAAGGAAUUUUUGAAUGAGAUUAGGGCAUUGACGGAAAUUCGACACCGCAAUAUUGUGAAACUUGUGGGCUUUUGUUCGCAUCCACAACACUCAUUCUUGGUGUAUGAGUACUUUGACAGAGGAAGCUUGUCUACAAUCUUGAGCAAUGAAAAAGAAGCUAAAGAGUUGGACUGGAACAAGAGGGUGAAUAUAGUAAAAGGCAUGGCUCAUGCUUUAUCUUAUAUGCACCAUGAUUGUAUCACUCCAAUCGUUCAUCGAGAUAUUUCCAGUAACAACAUUCUACUUGAUUCGGAGUACGAGGCACAUGUUUCUGACUUCGGCACAGCUAAGCUUCUUAAGUUGGACACAUCAAACUGGAGCGCAGUUGUCGGCACAUAUGGUUACGUAGCUCCAGAGCUUGCUUACACAAUGAAGGUGACGAGAAAUGCGAUGUGUAUAGCUUUGGAAUAGUGGCCAUUGAGGUGAUCAAAGGAGGACAUCCAGGUGAGAGCCUUUCAUCUCUAUUAGCUCUGGUCGACAUGGAAAUCUCAGUAGGUUUGAAGGAUAUAUUGGAUUCACGCCUGCCAUCGCCCACGCCAGGCAUUGAGGAUGAACUUCUGACCAUCCUUAAGCUUGCAGUCGCUUGCGUAUCUGCUAAUCCCCAACUCAGGCCGUCGACGGAAAUGAUUUCUCAUGUACUAUCUGCUCGUUCGACCAUUUUCGAUGGAGUUAAAAAAGCACAGAAGCCCACUGAUCCUGUGAGAGAUGCAACAAAUUCAAGCCGUGAACUGGAUCAAUCUGAAGAAGAUAUCGCCUAAUAAACGAUUUUGCUCUAUCAACCACAUGCAGGAAGGAGAAAUAUUUUGACCGGAAGCAAAGUUACGUGUUUAGCGCGCACCAGCAUGAGGAUGAGAACUACGUGUCCUCCAUGCCCAAGUAAGCAUAGAACUGCCUUUUCUUUUGGAAGGAGCAAAACCUGAAGUUACUAGCAUCUAGUUUCAUUUGUAGAAAGAACAGCUGAACUCGAGAUAUUUCGUACUGUUUAUGUAUCUAGUCUUAUUCAGACUAGUGCCGUCGCAGCAAAAGUUAUGUAUCCAUGUCUAGUUAGGGUUAGAAAAUAUGACUUUCGUCAGUGUAAAGUUGCUUGUGUAUCUGAUGUCAUCAUCUCGAGAGAAAAAAAGUUGCAAUGGAAUAUUUAUAUUAA